UAUUAUUUUGCGGCAUUAUGGCCAAAACAUUGCCAACUUUAAAAAAUAGGUGUAAUUGUGAAGUGGUCAUUUUAUACUGGCGUGUUAUUUUAGGGAUUGCAUGAUCGGCGCGGCGUUUGUUUACUCAAAAGAUAAAGAAUUUUAUGUUUUGUGGCAAGAUGGCGCUUUAGUUGUCACGUAAUUUUAAUAAGGUUACGUUGCUGUUAUCAUGUCCAGAAUGUGUAUUGUUUGUGGGGCAAGUCAGGAUGACGACGAGAUACGAGCUGUUCAUUCUUUUCCCCAAAAUAAGCAACGGGCCCAACUUUGGCGCCAAUCAAUGAAAAUCAAAUACACAGGGGAUUUAAAAGGUUAUCGAUUAUGUAGUAAACAUUUCACCCCUGAUUCGUAUAAAUCUCCGGAAGCAACGCUUUUAAACCACAACGCGAUCCCGACUUUAUUUCCUUUAACGUCCAAUAUGGACGAUCCAGAAAUUGAUCCUACUGAACAAAUCAUGCUCUUGGACAUACUAGACGAAUUUGAGCCAAUUAAAGAAGAAUUAAUUGAAUUUACGGGAGAAACACAAACAGCAAUUCCCAAAUGCGAUUUUUGCUUCGAAUUCACUACAGAUUCGUUUCAGCUAAUGGAUGAAUCCGCAAUUCAGUCAUCAAUUUGUAGAAACAUUUUUGAAUUCUUGUUUACUGAUUUAGAACUUAACCCCAAGGAAACCCCACAAAUUUGUACAAACUGUUACGCUUGCCUGUUUCAAGUGUAUCUUUUUAAAAAAUUUCUUUUGGACUCGGGAUUGUGCUUACGAAAAAUCACUUCAACCAUCAGUAUGGGAAAAUCGUUGAAAAAUGUGGUUUUUGCAACCCCUCAAGACCACGAUUACCUUCCAAACGACACAAAACCUCCGUCCUAUUUAUGCGACACUUGUGGCGAAUUUUUUAUCACACUGUUCAAUUUAAACCAACACACUUGCAAGCGUAAACCGUUAUCGUUUGUUUGCCACAUUUGUAAUCACACAAUUCGAAACAUUUCGCCACAAGUUCAUGUACGUCAAGUACACACCGCCAAACCGUACAAAUGCCAAAAAUGUGAGCGCAGUUUUGUCUAUAAAGACUCGCUUGAAAGACAUAAAGAAAGACACACAAAACCGAACGUAGUUUGUGAAAUAUGCGGCCAGAUCGUACAUAAAUCAGGCCUUCAAUGCCAUAAAAGAAAACACGAUACAGACAACUGGUUUAAAUGCACUGUUUGUAAACGCAAUGUUUCAAUCAAAUCGCGAGAAAAACAUUUGAAAUUUCACCAAAAUGGUGGUUAUAAAUGCCUGACAUGUGGAGCAGUGUUGCCAACUGUUGUAGCGUUUGCAGAACAUACGAAAAAUACCCACGAAAAAAGAGGAUUUUAUGAGUGUGCUUUUUGUGAAAUGUUGUUCGAGACUGAGAGGGCUUUGAAAGAACAUGUGACUGAACGGCACGAAAUCGGCCAAUGAUUUUGGUUUUUCACAACUGGUCAAAUUGUAAUUAAAAAGUUGUGUCACUUUGAAAUAAUUUAUUACAUCAACCGUUUUCAUUA